ACUUCAAAAAGUUUGCUUGAAAUCCACACAACCGAACCUCGUCCACUUCAUCCCCCACCUCCAGAGACAAGACAAAAACCUGGUAACCGCCGAAUCAGGAAGAAAACGACGAGAGGCGUUAUCUUUAGUGACGACCACAGAGCUCACUGCCCCAUCCCAGGCCCUCCACGUGUCCUCCGAAACUUCCAUUAGUACCAGAUUAGCCCUCUCCCUUCCCAAUCCAGUAACACCUCGAAUCGAGUACCACCUCCACCAUCUAAUCCAAAUCUAAACGACCAUUUAUUUAUUUUUCUGUAAAUGUUUUUUGGGGGAUAAAUAUAUAUAUUUAUUUGGCCAUUAGUGGGUUUUUUGUUUUUGAAGUUUUUAGUGACAGUGGUGGUGGGUUGGGGAGAGAGAGAGAGAAAUAGGCGAAAAUGGAUCACGCAGCCGAUGCUCACCGUACGGAUUUGAUGACCAUAACGAGGUUCGUGCUGAAUGAGCAGUCCAAGCACCCUGAGUCUCGCGGAGACUUCACCAUCUUGCUCAAUCAUAUUGUUCUUGGCUGCAAGUUUGUCUGCUCUGCUGUCAACAAGGCGGGUCUGGCCAAACUUAUUGGGCUUGCUGGAGAGACCAACGUUCAGGGUGAAGAGCAAAAGAAACUGGAUGUGCUUUCAAAUGAAGUUUUUGUUAAGGCUCUGGUUAGCAGUGGCAGAACUUCUAUCCUUGUUUCGGAGGAAGAUGAAGAGGCCAUAUUUGUGGAGCCAUCCAAGCGUGGAAAGUACUGUGUUGUAUUUGAUCCACUGGAUGGUUCGUCUAACAUUGAUUGUGGUGUUUCCAUUGGAACGAUUUUUGGGAUUUAUGUGGUAAAAGAUGGCAUUGAACCUGCUCUGCACGAUGUCUUGCAACCUGGAAAGAAUAUGGUUGCAGCAGGCUACUGCAUGUAUGGAAGCUCUUGCACGUUUGUGUUGAGCACUGGAACUGGAGUUCAUGGGUUCACUCUGGAUCCAUCUCUUGGGGAGUUCAUACUAACUCACCCAGACAUCCAGAUUCCAAAGAAAGGAAAAAUCUAUUCAGUGAAUGAAGGGAAUGCCAAAAAUUGGGAUGGUCCGACGGCCAAGUAUGUGGAAAAGUGCAAAUACCCGACAGAUGGUUCAUCACCAAAGUCUCUAAGAUACAUUGGAAGCAUGGUUGCUGAUGUUCAUCGGACACUGCUUUAUGGAGGUAUCUUUUUGUAUCCUGCUGACAAGAAGAGCCCAAAUGGGAAACUGCGUGUUCUCUACGAAGUCUUCCCCAUGUCUUUCUUGAUGGAACAAGCAGGCGGUCAGUCAUUCACUGGCAAGGAACGGGCCCUUGACCUAGUUCCAAACAAGAUCCAUGAGCGCUCUCCAAUCUUCCUUGGCAGCUAUGAUGAUGUUGAGGAAAUCAAGACACUCUAUGCCGCAGAAGGGAAGAAGUAAUGAACUUAUAAUUCUGAUUCUGUUACAGUAAUUACAUAAUUGUUCGGCUAUCUGAACUUCCAUCUAUUAAAUCAAUCUGUAAAGAGAGCGUACAAUAAUUUGUUGACGUGUACAACUCUAACAAGGUUAUAUUCGUAUGUUUUGAAUUAUAACCUCA